AGGCCGAAUGGAAAAUGGAUACUUCUCUUGGGUUUUGAAUAAAUUUAUUUGUUUAUUUUUUUUCAUUCUUCGUACUUGUUUUCAGCCCAGAUUUUCAUUCUGAAUACCAGAAUUCAGUUUAGAUUUUCUAUUUUAAUAAUAAUAAUAAAUCAUCGUCGACUACCGAAUUCAGUUUUUUAGCGAAUGAUCAUCUCAAUUUUUUCAUCAAUGAGCAAACCAGAAAACGGGAAAACAAAGGAAAACAGUUUUUUAGCGAAUGUUCGACAUUUUUCAUUAUAUUAGAAGCCUUUGAACUUAGCUGCUGAAUAAAUAAUCUAUAAGAUCUGCGUCAUCCUACUGAUUCGAUCUUAUAUUUUCUUCCACAAUUGUGUGUUUUUUUUUUUUUAAAGUUAGAUCCGAUAUGGAUUUCAUGAAGGCAUUCGAUCAAACUGUUCGCGAAAUAAAGAGAGAGGUGAAUCUGAAAGUAUUGAAGGUUCCAGAGAUCGAACAGAAGGUAUUGGAUGCAACAGAUAAUGAACCAUGGGGUCCUCAUGGCGCUGCAUUGGCGGAAAUAGCGCAGGCCACAAAGAAAUUCUCUGAUUGUCAAAUGGUUAUGAAUGUUCUUUGGUCAAGACUUGGUGAGACUGGAAAAGAUUGGCGUUACGUCUACAAGGCAUUGUCUGUUAUUGAGUAUUUGAUUUCUAAUGGAUCUGAGCGUGCAGUCGAUGACAUAAUAGGACGUACUUUCCGGAUCGCUUCCCUCAUGAGUUUUGAGUAUGUUGAGCCAAGUGGGAAAGAUAUGGGAAUCAAUGUCCGGAAGAAAGCAGAAACUAUAGUGGGUCUCUUGCAUAAUAAAGAAAGAAUACAAGAAGCUAGAAAUAAAGCUGCUGCCAACCGUGACAAGUACAUUGGCUUGUCAUCUACUGGUGUAACCUUUAAGUCUAGCGCAUCCUCAUUUAGUGGUGGAGGCUACCAAGGUGGGGGGGAUAGGUGCGGAGGCUCAAGUGGUAGAAGAGAAAGUGACAGCUAUAAGCCGAGGGAUAGAUAUGGAGAACAAAAGUUUGAUAAAGAUACCUACGUGAAGCCACGCCGAGGGAGUACUGCAAGUGAGAGCCAAGCAAAUUCCACAAACGAGUCUAGACGUCAUGGCAGCAAGGAUCCAAAAAAUACCUACGUGAAGCCACGCCGAGGGAGUACUACAAGUGAGAGCCAAGCAAAUUCCACAAAGGAGCCUAGACGUCAUGGCAGCAAGGAUCCAAAAAAUAAAUUAUCUGCGAAGUUGAGUGAUGAUGAUAAAUACAGUCAAAGCACAAGUGCCCCUACAAAUAAUUUUGAAGCCGACGAUGAUGAUUUUGAUGAUUUCGAUCCCAGGGGAACUUCUAGGUCUAAUCCAGCGACAGGAGAUUCUAAUCAAGUGGAUCUAUUUGGGCAAAGUUUAAUGGAUGACCUCUUCAAUGGACCAGCAUCUGCUCCUAUGGAACACUCUGUUACGAGUACUGAAUCAACAGAAGUUGAUCUAUUUGCUGAUGCAACUUUUGUCUUAGCACCAAACAAAGCAGUAAUUGAAGCAAGUCCUCAAGCACAGAAACAGGUUGAUCUAUUUGCUUCCCAGCCUGCCAUCGUUCCUGCUGUCUCUCCAACUGUCGACCUCUUUGCCGCCACUGAUCCAGUUGUCCAACCAGACAUCAUGGUACCAAAACCCGACCCAACAAAUGCUAGCAUUAUCGAUCCAUUCGCUACUGUUCCACUGAGCAAUUUUCAUAGUUCAUCUGACAUUUUUGGUUCAUUCACUCAUCAUUCCAAUUCACCUUGGAAAGAACCAACACAAACUCCGAUUAACGACGUAAACCUCAACAACAACAUGAACACAAAACCCUCACAAGACAUUAAACCACCUCAAAAGAAGGAUGCUACUUUUCAGGUGAAGUCCGGAAUUUGGGCCGAUUCAUUGAGCCGUGGAAUAAUCGAUCUUAAUAUAUCUGCUCAACCUUGCACAGUCAAGAAGGUUUCACUGGCAGACGUUGGCAUACUUGGCGAAUUAAGCGACGUAGAUAAACGAGACAAAGGACCUCCAACUUCAUUACAUAUGGGGAGAGCAAUGGGCACCGGCUCUGGGUUCGGCAAAACCGGCUUCACAUCAGCAACUGCCGAAGACGAUAUAUUCAGUAGGUUUAAGAAGUAAAUUCCUUUUUACUCUCACCUUUUUAUUAUCCUACCUAUUGAUAAAUUAGUUUCAAUCAUAAAUUCAGAUUUAUAUUUAACAAUCAUAAAAUGGACAUACAUUCUUGAUACCCAAAAAAUGAAAGUCCUGAAUUAUUAACAAAGAUCUCAAAUUUUGGGCUGUGAUUGUAUUGAA